GUUCAUGCUGAAGAAGGCAUCAGGGUCCAACGAGCCUAGAGGUCACGCGGCUGCUAUUAUGACAGAGGUUCUAGUGGACGCUGAAUGUAAAGGUCUCAUAACUGCAGCUCAAAAGAAGCUUUAUCCCAACAAUCCAAAUUUUCUUGUGGAUAUAUAAACCAACUCUCCAUGAUGAGUAGUAGCAAAAAUGGCAAAUCAUUUCACAAGUUUUUCGAAUCAUGGCUUGUUAAACAGAGUGAAGAUUUGGAUGAGCUUGUACGUGCCUCGGAAGAAUACAAGAACAACAAUGACAUGCUGUUGUCACCUUUAAUACAUAGUGUGGUGAAACAUUACGAAGAAUAUUAUAGAGAGAAAUCGCAAUACGCAGCUAGUGAUGUUUUAGGCAUGUUGCACCCCUCAUGGUUAAGUAAUCUUGAAGAUGCAUUCUUAUGGAUUGGUGGAUGGAGACCUAGCAUGGCUUUUCAUUUGUUAUACUCAAAAUCAGGUAUACAGCUUGAAGCUAAUCUCCAUGAGUUGAUUAGAGGGUUUAGUAAAGAAGAUUUAGGAAAUUUAAGUGGUCAACAACUUGGAUUGAUUGAUGAGUUACAACACAAGACAAUUAGUGAAGAAAGAAAGUUGAGUGAAAAGUUAGCUAUAGUUCAAGAAAGUGUAGCUGAUACAUCAAUGGUUGAAUUAUCACAUGUUGUGAGUGAAUUAAUGAGGGAACAAUUAGUUGUUCAUGAGGAAGAGGAAAAAAAAAUUGGUAAAAAUAUUAGUAAAAAAGAGGAAAGUUUAUUGGAUUUGUUGAAAAAAGCUGAUGAUUUAAGGUUGAGUACAAUUAAAGAGAUCUUGAGAAUUUCGACACCAAUUCAAAGUGUUCAUUUCUUGAUUGCUGCUGCUGAACUUCAUUUGAGGGUUCAUGAAUGGGGUAAGAACAAAGAUGCUCUUCUUUCUCCUCAUAAAUGGUCAUGUCAAACAAUAAACGACGAGGGGACGUCUGUCAGAAAUUAGCCAUUCACAAACGACGAGCCAAAUUCUGAGGAGACUUCUGUCAAAAAUUAGCCAUUCAGAAUCAUACAGAGAUGUUAGAUCAUAAACGACGAGCCAAAUUCUGAGGAGACGUCUAUCAGAAAUAAGAUAUACAUAGAGAAGAUUGGUACUUGAUAGUACUAAUUAUCAGGUAGUUGUUAUAAGAUGAAGUUCUUUUUUAGGGCUUUUUUUUUUUUUGCUUAAUUUCUGUUUUAUGUAGUGACAUGAUUAGUUUAAGAAUUUAAAAUCUUUUUUUUUACUUCUUUUUCUUUAGUUCUGUUACUGAUGCAGAGCUAUGAUAACAUAUUUGUUCCGACUCUUUAAAAAUAUCAUUAAUGUGAAAUCGAUCAAUAAUAUUUUAGAGAGUUA